GAACGAUAGCAUCGAUAGCAUAGCGCUGGUCUCGAUUGGCAAGCUCCAAAAAUGCUCUCGCAGAAAUAAUUUUAGAAAUUUUAUUUGUAAUUCGCGUAGUAAUGUUUUAAUUAAUGCACAGGCACGCAAGAGAUGAUUAGCGAGUGACGGAGGGCAGUAGUAGUUGGACCGACCUUGGUUAGUUAGCUCCACUUCCUCCGCUGGCAGCGGCGCAAUCGAUUUUUAUUGGAGGCGAGGCGAAUGUUGUGGAAUUUCCCAUCCAACUUUCCCACACUCAGAAUUCCGGCGGCUUCAUUUAGCGAAGCGCGAUGAAGGACGGCGGUCACAUAACACUCACACUCUCGACGGGAUCACCGGCGACGGUGGACGAGCGGAGCAGGAAGAGCUUGCGGCGGGCUUGGAAUCAGCUGCCGCGUUGUCAGCGUAAUCUCAUUAUUCUCGGAAUAACCGCCUUUUGCGUGACUGUGCUGCUAUGUCUGAGUGGCGAUCAACUGCUGGCCGAGUUAAGGGAUGUGGACACUAAGGUAGUCGUGUCCCCAUACCAAAUGCUACCAAAUCCGCACCAUCACCCCGGCGUGGAUAAGGACAAGGAUGUGGCCAAAGACACUGCCGCGGCACCUGGUACGGAAGAUAAGAGACCACCCCGGGCGGAGGCACUUAGUGAUAAGUUCAAUGAAUUAGUUGCCUACGGAGAAGCGAACUCUGCCGAAAAUGUGGUGCGUCUGCCGGAGACGGUGGCCGCUCAAGGACCUCCGCAGGCCGUGGCCUUGCCUCCGCCGGAUAACAACAGGGAGCAGGACAUUGGAGGGAUCGACAUCCUGAACAAUGUGGAGGAGCCCGUUCCACAGGAGUCAACAGAGCCGCUCAGCGAACGAGAGCAGCUCGAUCUGGCGAUCAAGAGCCCACUGAAUCUGGGCGGAGUCAGUUUCAAGGAGCACCUCAAAAAGAUUAAGCCCCUUUGCAAGGGUCAGCACUUCCAUGGCGCCACCAAUGAGCGCCAGUCGGCUGUGGUUGCCGCCUUUAAGCACUCCUGGGCGGGCUACAAGAAGUACGCCUGGGGACACGACAACCUGAAGCCCAUCUCACAAUACUCCCACGAAUGGUUCGGCUUGGGGCUCACCAUUGUGGACUCACUGGACACAAUGUACAUAAUGGGACUGGACGAUGAAUUCAAAGAGGCUCGCGACUGGGUGGAGCAAUCACUGCGCUUCGAUACUAAGCGCGAUGUGAAUCUCUUCGAGGUGACCAUUAGAGUCCUGGGCGGAUUGUUGUCCGCCUAUCACUUGAGCGGGGACACAAUGUUUCUGGCCAAGGCAGCGGAAUUGGGCAACCGUUUACUGCCCGCCUUCCUAUCUCCGUCGAAUAUCCCCUAUUCGGAUGUGAACCUCGGCGAUCUGUCGGCCCAUUCACCCAAGUGGUCACCAGAUAGCUCCACCAGCGAGGUGACCACCAUUCAGCUAGAGUUUCGUGAUUUGAGUCGGUCUACAAACGUUUCCGUUUAUGAACAGGUUGCUCACAAAGUAAACGAGAAGGUGCACGAUCUGGAUAAGAAUCAUGGCCUGGUGCCCAUAUUUAUCAACGCCAACACGGGAACCUUCCGAAACUACGCCACCAUUUCCCUUGGUGCUCGUGGUGACUCCUACUAUGAGUACCUGCUCAAACAGUGGAUCCAGACAGGACGUAAGGAUAACGACAACCUUAUCUUGGACUACAUGCAAGCAGUUGACGGAGUGCUAACACAGCUGAUGCGGCGCACUCCACGUGAGCAUUGGGUUUACAUUGGCGAGCUGAUCAAUGGCAAAGACUUCAAGCCGAAAAUGGAUCAUUUAACGUGUUAUCUGCCCGGCACUUUGAUUCUGGGUCACCAGAACGGGAUGCCGGACUCACAUCUAAUCCUCGCCAGGGACUUGAUGGACACAUGUUAUCAGACCUACAUGAUGAAUCCCACACAUUUGGCGGCCGAAAUUUCCUACUUUGCGCUCAGAAAAGAUGAUCAGGACAUUUAUGUCAAGCCAAACGACGCACAUAAUCUGCUGCGACCGGAAUUUGUAGAGAGUCUUUAUUAUUUCUACUCUAUAACUGGCAAUCGCACCUAUCAAGAUAUGGGAUGGACAAUCUUCCAGGCGUUUGAAACACACGCCAAAGUAAAUGCGGGCUACACAUCGAUGGGAAAUGUCAAGAACACACAGAAUACGCGCCUGCGCGAUCUGAUGGAAAGUUUUUGGCUGAGCGAGACUUUGAAGUACUUCUACCUGCUGUUCAGCGAUGACCGCAAGGAAAUCGAUCUGGAGCAAUGGGUCUUCAAUUCUGAGGGCCAUCCACUGCCCGUCUAUCCGCUCAAGACUUAACUACCCCCUAGGCGAAGCAAAUAGUGGGCAGCGCAACUAGUUGCGCCACUAAACUAAACUAACUGGAAACCGAAUAGAGUCGGCGCAUUUAGGCUGCAACAAUCGUUUUACUCGAAUUCGUACUUUAGCGCAAAUGCCAAAUACUAUGCUAAGCUUAGGACAGGCCGAGCUCAGUUGGCCAAUCAAUAAAGCAAUGCCCAAAUCGGGAUGGGUCGAUGAAGCACAUUUUUAAUCGCAGUAUCAAAAAAAAAGUGUAAAAUCAAAUUUUGAAAACCAAGGCCCCUGCUUUCAAAUUUAUUUAAAAUUUUGUUCAAAUAUAUAUAUAUUAUUCAAGGCCAGUAAACUUAAUUAUCCAGCCUUGGGGCUAUUAAAACUGAUAUUAACCAACGAAAUACGGCAGAUUUUUUCGCCCCAGCGAUUAUGAACAAAUCAUCGAACCAUCCCAUCUUCCUAUUUAACAUGUCAUUUUAAAAUCGCUAGGACUCGAUUGUAUAUUUUUUGAACUGAUAACUGUUAUUUUGUAAUAAUUUAUUUCCUACUGUAAGCACCUACUGUAACAUGAUAUUGGGCCAUUGCUAACCCGUCUUUUUAGCCAGUAGACAAAACAGCCGGUUUUAACCUUGUAAUCUCUCUUGUAGUUAAUUUUAUGUUUAUGUUAGCAUGAUAUUAGGAACUCAGUUGCACUCAGCACAAAAUCGAUUUGUGUGUAAUCUUAAAGUACGAAAAAAAACGAAUCUCACAGAAAAUGCUACAAGAGCAUUUUGAUCCCACGGGAAACCAGCAUAAUUGAAAAGAGCCGAUAAUAAAAUGCGAUAAUUUUUAAAAUUGUA